AUGUCCACAGGGCUCAAAGGAUCAGUUACAUUCAUAUGCGACGAGAUGUGUGUUCUGCGCCGGAAUGAGGACAAUCCUCAUCCUCGUUCUUUGACCCAAGCCCAAGUGACGCCCCGGAUGGAAGGACUCCUCCACCCGGAUUCCACUUCACACAAUUUGCCAGGACUUGCGGCUGACAGAUGGGCGAAUCUCCUGCCUGCAUGGAGCAUACGGGGCUGUUCAUGUUGCUGGGUUCUCGCCGGAAGUUUGAUGAGGUGUGAGCACGGUCGGGGAGUGGGAGUUGCCCGUUAUCAGCGCGGGUGGACGCGGAUGGACGCGCGGAGUCCAGAAUUCAAGCCGGCACAGCGGACAUCGGGCGGGACAUCGGGCAGGUUUAUGCACGGAGGAUUUAUACGCGUCGAGCGUCUCCGACUAAUGAACGUUACUACCCCCUUUUUUGCAGCCACAAUUGAGUUGAAUCCUGGAUCCCAUUCAGGAAUGGAAUGGGCGGAGAUCACUGUGGGAUUGUGGAUGGGUCUUCUUCCAGCAUAUGUAUAUGGAGUUUAUGGAGUCUUCUGCGAGUCUAUACAUAAGCUGGAAGGAAUUGACCAUGAAGCGUCAGCUAUGCGACGAGUCGCCGUCCAAUUGUUUAUCGAGGUAAUCGCACAGAUUCUCAACAUGUUCAUCACGAGCCUGGCGCCGCCAAGCAGGCUUCCACUGACCAUCGAGUGCUUUGUUGUGCUCUGCUGGUACUCACACGACGGCGGUGAAGCGGAUGAUGAUCCAAAUUUCACACGAACAUUCCUGGAGGCAAUCAGACGGUCGGACGAUGAUGUGCUGUGGCGCAUGGCAAGAACGAAGGAUGUGUGGAUCGCUCAUGCUUCCGCGCUGAGUUCGAAGCCACCACUGGAUGAAAUUUCGGUCAUCAGAAAGGCCCUGUUCAAGGGACCUGCGAAGAUCCAGGCGGGUGUACUCAAUGACUGGGCGGGCCGGACUCAAGCCAUUGCUAGAACUGACAUAGCACUCAUUCGGGAAGGCGCAAGGUGCUUGCCAGCCAUCCAAGAAUUGCCCAAGCACAUCACUUCCUGGACCCUGCUGGUCCAGAACGCAGUGAUCCAGGACCACACCCCCACCCAGCGUCCCCGGCAUUCAAGUAUGUCACCACCCCGGAAGGCCCCUCGUCUGGUCAGAGAAACUGGUGGUGCAGACGGUUCGCCUCUUGCGCCCAACGAGGGUACGCCCUCUGCACUUGGUGAUAAUGGCGAGUAUGGGAACCGUCCUCUUGCGCCCAACGAGGGUACGCCCUCUGCACUUGGCGAUGAUGGCAAGUAUGAAGCGCCAUCACGCACCGUAGCUGACUGGAACAAGGGGACCACGACCAAAAUUCCGUCGGGCUGGCGCUUCCUACGGGAAUCUGACGUCGUUGGACUGGCCCCGCUGGAGGUCAUGAAUCUAGUUCAAGGAUCGAUCCUGGCCCUGAAAAGGUCGGUGGAUGAUGGAGUUCUGGACCUGAUGCUCUUUGCGGUGACCCAUUCGGAGCUUUAUGAGGCAUAUGAAGGAAUUGCGCAUAGGGGCUUGGGCUGA